GGAGAGGCGGAGGAGGAAAAGGCAGAGAGAGAGAGCCCAGCCCUUGAAUACACGGCAACAACACGCCGUCAGAGAGAGGGAGAGACACACAGAGAGACUGGCCGUUUUUUGGGGGGAGAAAAAGGGAACCUUCGACGCUGCGGAUAUGAAUUGAAAAGAAACACUGGAAGAGGCAGGGAUCGUGUUCCAUAUCCCGAAUACUGUAAAGGUGGAAAACCAGCCCCCCCCAAACCCACCUCUCUCCCUAACAGUUCUUAUUCAGAUAGAGCUACACCCAAAGCCCCGACCGACCCCCUCCUGCUCCUGCUGCUCCACCCCUCCGCCGCUGCACCGCUCCCGCAACCGAGAUGCACACGGAGACCCGUAACAAGAAAUGCCAGUCGACUCCUAAGCAGAAGAAGAGUGCCACCGGCACCCAGAAGAAGCAGAGGAGCCCGGCCAAGCAGAGCGCCCUGACCCAACAACAGCCGCCGCCAUCGUCAUCACUCCCGCCAGCCGUGUCCCAGGAAGAGGAGGAGAAGGAGGAGGAGCCUGCGACGAGGCCUCGGCCGCCGCAGGAAGAAGACGAGGAAGAAGCAGGCGAGGAAGAGCGAAAGGAAGUGGCGACACAGUCUGUGAAGAAGAAGAAGGAAGAGGAGGAGCAGGAGGGAGAGGGCGAGCCAGACAUGCCCUCUGUACAGAUCAAACCAGAGCCAGAGGAGAUGGAGUGCACGCAGGCAGAUGUUGGUGAUGACUGCUCGCAGCCCACAGACCUGAAGGUGAAGAUGGAGCCACCAGUUUGCAAGACAGAGCCGUCGUCGCCCCAGCCAUGUCCCGCCGAAGACCAGACCGAACCCGUUGACCUGUCGCUCAACAAGCCCCGCUCGUCUUCGCUCCCCACUUCUACGACAAGCACCACAGUCAACCCUGCACCCAGCGGCGCCGUGACCCAGCCGAGCCUGUCGGCUACACCAGUACCCUCUGCGGUACAAUCGAUAGGCUCCAUGGUUCUCUCUCCAGGCUCCAUUUUGGCCACUCAGGGCGCCGGGGGACAGCAGAUUCUCCACGUCAUCCAUACAAUCCCCUCUGUCAGCAUGCCCAGCAAGGUGGGCCAGCUUCAAACCAUCCCUGUGGUGGUGCAGUCGCUGCCCGUCGUCUACACCACCAUGCCUACCGACGGCGUCGCCACAGCAGCCAUUACGGUGCCACUUAUAGGCAGCGAUGGCCGCUCAGAAGGAUCAGUUCGUAUCAAGCCAGGUUCAACGUCUCCGGUGGAGUUUCAGAGCGACAGCGACGCCGAGAGCGGGACAGAGUCUGGAUCGGCCUCCCUCAGCGCCCAGAGCCUCGACGCCGGGUCGGUUAUGGACUUAGAGCCCGUCGAUCCCGAUUCGCCGGACAUCAAGAGGAGGCGGAUCCACAUGUGUGACUAUGAAGGCUGUAAAAAAGUUUACACCAAGAGCUCCCACCUCAAAGCCCACCGGAGGAUACACACAGGAGAGAAGCCCUACCACUGUACCUGGGAGGGCUGCACCUGGCGCUUCGCCCGCUCCGACGAGCUCACUCGACACUUCCGCAAGCACACGGGGAUCAAACCUUUCCGCUGCACCGAGUGCGACCGCUCCUUCUCGCGGUCCGACCACCUCUCCCUGCACCGCCGCCGCCACGUCAUGAUGUGAACUCUCACCUCCUCUGAACGUCCCGUCAGCCUCCCCUACAAGCCAACCUCCCGCCCCUCUCGACAUCUCCGAGUCCCUCACAGCACAUCUUUUACCAGUGACCCCCCCCUCCAGCCCAGAUGAGCCUCUGCUACUUCCUGUUUCCUCUCUCACCUCCCCUGGGCCCUGCAUCAGGACUUUAAACCCCAUUUGCAGAUUUAAAAAAAAGGCACAGCGCCUCCCUCCUCCUCCUCCUCCUCCUCCUCCUCCUCCUCCUCUCCUUCAUGUUGAAAUCACAGGGAUAUCAGCAGCGUGUCUGUGAGGUUGUGUGUGUAUGCAGUGGCGGUCGGGGGAUUUUUACCGUGUGUGUUUCAACACAUCAUCAUCAUCAUCAUCAUUAUCAUCCAUCAUCCAUCAUCAUCACCGUCCACUCAGCCAUCCUCCCUCCCCCCCAAAACAAUCCCCUCCCUCUCUCCCACCCUCGUGCGGAGAAGGAUGGACUGAAGGGCAUCCAUCAGCAGGGACGUUCAUCCAUCCAUCCAUCCAUCACACUCAUCCAUCCAAAGGGGAGGAGGAAGAGGAGGAGUGACAUGUGAAGGGGAUGUCACUCCAGCUGCAGUCUUAUUGUCGACAGUCACUGUGUACAUAUCCAGAGUUGGGAAGUCAAAAGCCAAAAUGUCAUAUUUUAUGCUUGGAAAAAAAAUCACCACGAAAUGUUUUCACAAGAGGAACCUUUUCAGCCUGAGAACUUCACAACAGAAAGCGCCAGGGAAAACAUUUCUGAUGGUACCGAGAAAGUACCAAAUCUGAUCAAAACUUUUGGAUCAAUUAUUUACCAAACUGCAAUGGAUCCUGAAGGCAAAGAUUUCCCAGCUCUGAGUGAGCUUCGUCACAGCAGCUGAAGUGACGUCAGGCUUGUAUUUGCUGUUUGGGAAGCAUCUGUCUGAGGCUCAGAUUAAAAAGUAGUUCCCGCCUUGACUCACCCCCCCAUCCUGGUACAGGGAGCUACAAGACUGUGAAAUUUCUAAAGAUUCAUUUGUUUUCAUUUUAUCAGUCACAUUUUUGACAUUCGUGUGCCCUCACCCUGCCCCCCCUCCCGCGCACACACACACACACACACAAACACCCUUUCUGAUUCUUCUUCGAUAACAGUAUUUGCUUUUUACGCGUCAUCGUUGCUGUUGUUUUACGACAUAAGGCCUUCAGUUCUGUCGUUUAGUUUAGUUUCCCUUCUUUUGCCAGGUUUGGCGCUCUUUACAGGAUGGCAUGUGUUGUUGUUGUUGUUGUUGUUGUUGUUGUUUUUUUUUUAAAAAAAGAUUUCUGAUCCUUUUGUUGUGUUCUGAGGCUGUGAAAAAGACUGAGCAGACACAAAUAGUUUGAGAUUACAAGUAAAACUCUCGCGCAGGGAAUCGGGGAGCUUUUCUGAGUGUGUGUUUUUACCUGUGCUGUUUGUGCGUGUGUGUCUGUGGGUGAGCGUGCAUGUUUUGAGACAAACACAUAAUCAGAAUUUAAGAUUUUUACGAGUGUGUGUUCCGGGCACUUGUUCUUUUACCUCUUGCCCGUUGAGCCUUAAUAACUGAAGUCAGUCUGUAAGGGCGAAACCAGAACCGCCGACAGACGACGGCAGGCCAAAGGUCUGAUCUUUGCAUCGUUGGCUUGUUUCUCUGUGGAGAGGAUGUUCCUCUUUCUUUGUUUCAGUGUUUACAAACCAAGACGAUAAAGUUGCUAAAUUUUAAUUUGAAGAUUAAAUUUCCUCAUCUAACCAGGCAGGUGCGGGAAGAAACCUGCUGCACUGCAGAUGCAAGCAGAUUCAAAUCUUUCAGAAAAGUUCGCAUUUAUCUGAAUAUGGAAAAAAGUGGUCUUAGCUUUUGAGAAAACAAAGCUCGGACUGCUGAUCUGAAAACGGGGCGUCGACACAAAAACAAAGAAUCUAUCUUGUUUCAUACCAGGGUCAGAUUGACUCAUCACAGUCUCAUGUGGUCACCAUACCGGAGACAUUUCCCACACUGGUAUUGAACAUCCCCAACAGUGUCAAGAAGCCAACAUGGCUGCCACUGAAAGUCAGCGGUCAGGCCGUCUGUCGGUGGUUCUGGGAGAAACCAGGCACUGUGUCGGGCUGUCAGGGUCCGGAGUGCCUGCGGGUUAAACCACGGGGAAACCAAGCGCUCUCCUCACUAGCGUUUCUACAAGGGUGGGUGUGGGUGUGGGGGGUCGAUUCUCUUUCAACUGGUUUUCAUUGCGACAGAAUGAAAUGAACCCCCCAGACUCCAGAUGUAAUGAGCACACUUCUCACAGGCAGUUGGAACAGAAAGGACCCCCUUGGCCCUGCCCUCUAAACCACGUUGUCCAUGUCUUAAGUGGGCUGUUUUUCAGCUCCCGUUCUGGACUGAACUUGAUUAUGCAACAUGACGCAGACCUCGCUCCGCGCGCUGUUCUGAACGCACUCGUGGCGCACUAGUCGGUAGACGCACUGCUGACACGCAGCUCACCUUAAGGCUGUAACAAGAACCUGAAAGGGAGGUCAGGGCGCGGAGAAGCCCGCGCUGUCGAUCACCGGGCAAAGACCAAGAGUGGAGUUUUGAGUGUUUCUGAGUGUGGGUGAUUGACAGAACUCGCUUUUCACCGCCCUGACGGGCUCCCGUACAAACAGGCAAACGGCGUGGUUCUCGUUAGCCGUUCGGAGUUGCUGUUAUUGUUGUCAUUUCAAAAGCUAGUAGGCUAAAUGAGAGCAAAAUGUUCUGCACCUGACUUUCCAUGGUGUGAUGACGUGAUGGACGUGCAGGCUUCCUGUGAGCUGAGUGCAUGCCAUGAACAGGGCAGAUUGUUGUUGGGCCUGCACGCUGCAAAAAAAUAAAAUAAAAUAAAUCAAAAAAAUAUCCAUCUUAGCAAAGUCGCUGAAUCUGGUUAUGGAUUUUUUAAAUAUUUUUGUUUUGUUUUUAAAUCAGAUCAAUACUGUUGAAGGAAAGAUAUUAUAAGUCACAUCAAGAAAUGUGUGAAAAAUUUUUAAUAAUAGAAAAAUUAUAAAGAAUCUGAGCUAAAUUCAGUCACUUGUUUGGAGGGAUUUUUGGCCUUUUUUUUGCAGUGCAGAGCAAUACAAUGUGCCCCUUCCUCCUGACACCCCCACCUGCUUCAACUAAAAAACACAAAACAAAACAUAGUUACUAAGCACAUCUUUCUAGAAGAGUAUAUGCAUUUGAUUGCAAUUUUCUUUCUUUUGUAAACUGUUGAUAAAGACAUUAAGGACAAUGACAAAUAAUUAAGAUAAAUCCAUGUACAUAAAUGUAUAUAAUCAAAAAGUGCAGAGUAAAUGUAACGGGUGAAUUUCUAUUUUUAACACUGACUAGAUAAUGUGAAAAAAGAUCUUUUUUUCUUCUUCUUCCUCUGUUGGUUUGAUGAAAUGUGUUUCAUCACGUGUUCUUUUUUUCAGAUCUAUUAAUACAUUUGUUUCGUAGUUUCUUAACAAAGAAAAAAAUGGUCCCACUUGUGUUGUGCACACUUGUUGCAUGGAGAGUAGCCUUCUUGUUUUCUUAUAGUGAUGUUGGUGAGCAUGUCCGUGUGUGUGUGUGUGUGUGUGUGUGUGUGUGAGAGAGACAGUGGGUUUCCCUUAAACAUUGAUAACCUCUGAGAUAAACCCACAUUGAAAAUGAUUCAUUAGGGAUCCAUUUGUUGUAACAGAGCUUGAUAUUCCUGCACUGGACCUCAUUUAAAGUACGACUAAAAACAAACAAACAAACAAAAAAACCAGAGCAGAUUCAAAACAUUUUACAGUCAAGCUCCAGGUGUGUUCAGACACUUUCACUUUCAACUUGGCGAAGCAGCCCUUCACAAUGUUUCUGUUUAGUUAGAUGGAUCCCAGGCCCCUUUACGUCUAGAAACCAUCACUCCAUGUCACACACGUUGUUCUCUAUCUGAAAGUAAUGCUGACCCAUCGCUUUACAAGCACACCGAUUGGCUGUGGUGAGCGUUACAACCAUCACAUUGGUGUUGUGGAGACAAACACACACUGAGGACAGUCAUCCUGACCUCUCAGAGCCAGCUGAUGAUGACCCAGACUUAUCGCUGGUGUUGGACUUGUUGCCGGGAGACCGAUGCAUGAGUUUGUUUUGUUUUUUUUCUUCCUGCUUCCUGUUGGUUUUUUGCUGGUUUGUGCAAGCUUGUUUUUAGUAUUCUUCUAAAUCUUCUGUUUGUGUACAAAGCAGGAAAAGUUUAUCUGUGAAGGGGCAGUGAAACAUUGAAAGAAUUUUAUCCCCACUGAGACCUUGACAGGAUGGACUUCGUGUCUGAGGGCGACGUCCGUCUGUGUGCCUCGACGCGCCACCAAUCACUUCCUCUGCAGAUCACAAAUUUUAGGUAUUUUCUAUUGAAUGCAGUAACUUAUGGGCCAGUACUAUAUUUACUCAGUGCAAUGCAGUUAUCAUUAUAAUAAUACAAUUAUUAAUAAUAUUUUUUUCUUUUUUUUGUAUUGUACAGAACAAAUGUAUAAAGAUCAGUGAGGAAAACGUGAGCUUUUUGAUACUGUGACUCAUGGUGUUUAAAAGUCAGUUUCUCCCUGUACAGUUGUGAUUAUUUCCCCCCUUCCCCCCUUCUUCUUUUAUAGAAUAAAAAAUGUUUUUGGUGCAAUUUAA